AUGGAUUCAACAAAUGGUUUUGUUAAUCACUCUUUCGUGAACCUCCUAACUAGCCAGGAAGAUAACCCUUACGGUUACUCGCAAACCAUAGAUCUUAGGUCUCCUGAAGUGCCACGGUUUAGCAGCCAAGAAGAUCCAACUUUAACCAAAGAUCCGGUGGUCGGCAAUGACCAGAAAGCGGGCGCAUUUUGGAAAAGAAUUCAAGCAUAUUUCAAUGCAAGUCCACAAGUGGUGGGACAACCAAGGGAGGCCAGUCAUUGCAAGCAGAGAUGGGGAAGGCUUAAUGACCAAGUGUGUAAGUUUGUGGGGGCGUACGAGGCGAUUAUGAAAGAGCAGUCGAGCGGACAAAAUGAAAAUGACGUUGUCAAAGCUGCUCACCAAAUCUUCUUUAAUGACCACCAGUUCAAAUUCGGACUUGAUCACGCAUGGAGGGAAUUACGCCACAACCAAAAAUGGUGUUCAGCAUCGGCGAUUAAGGAUGCUGAGUUGAAGAAAAGGAAAAAGUUUGGAGACUCAACAGUUCAAGACCCUACUUCAGUGUCUGAAUGUCAUGGAGACGACUCACCAGUUCGUCGUCCGGUUGGUGUGAAGGCAGCCAAGGCUGCGAAAGGUAAAAAAAGUAGUAGCCAAAAACCGGAUGAUGUAGACAAGGGAAAAGGCCUCUUACAGGUACAGUCCAUGUUCGAGCUUAGACAACAGGACAUGGAUUACCGAGAGAAGCUUUCAAAUCGAAAACUGCUUCAGUGUCUCCUAUCCAAAACCGAACCACUAACUGAGACUGAAUUAGCUCUUAAGGACAAACUCAUUGCCGAUAUUUUGUCAUAA